CCGGCAGGAAGAGGCGAAGGAAAGGGAAAGAGGAAGGGAAAAGGCACCUAGGAAAGAAUGACUGCAUCAAAAAAGAAAAAAAAACAGCCAUCAUGACUCCUCUGAAUCCGCCGACGUGUUUUAAAAGCCAUAAUUAUCGCUCUCAACAAAGAAUGUAAAUGACAAGCCAGCGCAAAGAGACUUGAGCGAGAGAGAUGUCAUCGCCAGGCAUGGGCACCCCCAGCGACCCCCUCCUGGCCAGUCCCGGAGCGAGAUUCUCCUCCGCCCAGGGAGGUCUGUGGAGGACUUCCCUCCCAAAGACGGCCAGCUUCCCGACGUCCUCCACCCGACACCUCAGUCACCGUGCCAACAACUUCCAGAGGAAGCCCAAGUGCCAGAAGCUGAUCCGACCUUCACCGCCGCCGCCGCCCAACACCCCGUGUCCCCUGGACCAGCUGGACCUGAGCGAGCUGCCUCCUCGCCGCGCCUUUCAAGAGUUGCUCUUCAACGGCUGCAUCCUGUUUGGUAUCGAGUUCAGUUACGCGAUGGAGACGGCCUACGUGACACCCGUGCUUCUGCAGAUGGGCCUGCCUGACCAGUUCUACAGUUUGGUGUGGUUCAUCAGCCCCAUACUGGGAUUCCUCGUUCAGCCUCUUAUCGGAGCUUGGAGUGACCGCUGCACGUCCCGCUUUGGACGAAGAAGACCGUUUAUUUUUGCGUUGGCCAUAGGGGCAUUGGUUGGUUUGACUCUGGUGUUGAACGGGCGGGACAUCGGGGGAGCGCUGGCUGACACCGCAUCCAAUCACAAGUGGGGCAUAAUUCUGACGGUGUGCGGUGUGGUUCUGAUGGACUUCAGCGCUGACUCCGCAGACAAUCCGAGUCACGCCUAUAUGAUGGAUGUGUGCAGCCCCGAGGACCAGGACCGAGGGUUAAACAUCCACGCACUGCUUGCAGGAUUAGGGGGUGGCUUCGGGUACAUCGUGGGUGGCAUCAACUGGGAUCAAACCCACUUCGGAAGGUCGAUGGGAGGUCAACUGCGUGUCAUCUACGUGUUUACGAGUAUCACUCUGGUGAUCGCCACAGCCAUGACUCUUACCAGCAUCCCCGAGCGACCCCUACCAAAGAGUCAGGCAAACAAAAACCCCAGCAAAAACAACCUCAAGAGCCCCAACCUUCUUCUUCCUCCAUCUCCCCCGGCCCCACCGGGAUCUGCGCAGGGAGUGGAUGAAGAGGACGAUGAAGGUCUCUGCGGCUAUCAUUUCUCAAAGUCCCACUCAAGCUACCCAGACCCUAUGGCUCAUUCUUGCAGUGCUAACGCCCGCCUCUGCGCAGGCCUCACUAGCCCCAUAUCACCCCUAAGCCCCCUUACUCCAAAGUACGGCAGCUUUAUAAGCCGGGACAAUUCGCUCACUGGCAUCAAUGAAUUUGCUUCCUCAUUGGGGACCUCAUAUAUAGACCGUGUUCUCAUAGACUGUUACACGGGUCAACGGACACCACAGGACAUUCUUGGUCCCAACUCUGUGCACUUGCCUCCAGGGGACUCCCCACCCCUAGAGGGGUCCACCCAAAGAGAGGGGAGCCAACCUGAGAGGCAGCCCGAUGGGGUCAAUCAUCUGCAUACAGAGAGCACCCCUCAGUCUAAGGGAGAACUACAGUCUCAACCAGCAUCUCAGGUCACGUCAGGGGGGCAGUACCCUGAUUCGGGAGAACGUCGGGGCUCCAGUGGUGGAAUCCUGAAGCGACCACAAAGUCUUGCACUCAUGGAAGAGCCCACGGCGACGCAGGUAGUUGGGCUGGAGAACGGACGUAGAAGAACAGUGACAUUCAGCCAGCAGGUGGCAAACAUUUUGUUGAACGGCAUGCGCUAUGACAGCGAUCUGAGUGAGAAUGUGGAGACGGGAGAAUCCCAAAUGUCAAUGAAACUUUUGGUUAUAGCCAUCUACAGGAUGCCUCCUUCCUUGCGCAGCUUAUGCACUAACCAUUUUUUGGGGUGGCUUUCCUUUGAAGGCAUGCUGCUCUUCUACACCGACUUUAUGGGGGAGGUAGUUUUUGAAGGAGACCCCAAAGCUCCCCACGACUCUGAGGCCUAUCAGCGUUACAAUGCUGGGGUCAGCAUGGGCUGCUGGGGUAUGUGCAUCUAUGCAUUCAGUGCUGCUUUCUACUCAGCCAUAUUGGAGAAACUGGAGGAGCGUUUCUCUCUUCGCACAUUGUAUUUUUUUGCCUACCUAGCGUUCGGCUUGGGUACAGGUCUGGCCACCCUGUCCACCAACCUCUACGUGGUACUGUCUCUGUGUGUCACCUAUGGGGUGCUCUUCUCCUCGCUAUGCACGCUGCCUUAUUCUCUGCUGUGUGAAUACUACCAGAGCCCACAGUUUUGCGGCUCCUCUGAAGAAGGGACCAGACGAGGAAUGGGGGUGGACAUCUCCCUGCUCAGCUGCCAGUACUUCCUGGCUCAGAUCCUGGUCUCGGUGGCCAUGGGACCCCUGACCUCGUUGGUCGGCGGUGCCCAGGGAGUGAUGUACUUUUCCAGCCUGAUGUCAUUCGUGGGCUGUGUCUAUUCCUCUCUCUGCGUGGUGUACCAGCUGCCCGCCCCAGAGGGUGAGCCCCCCGAUAGCGAGAGCCAGCCACUGUUGGUGCACAUUUAAGUAAAGUAACAGAAAAAAAAAAAAAGCUCUCAUGCUGCUGAGUGUGUGGUUACAACAUCCUGCCGCACACUGUACAGCACAACAUUGUAGUGUUUCACUGGGCAGACAGGAAGACUGACAUUGGCCACGCCUCCAAGUGGUGUGUUCAUACAGUGUGUGUGCUCAUGUAUCAUACAUAUUGUGUGAAUGACGCUGAUAUUUAUGUGUUUGAUUAUUUACAGUGAGUGAAUCAUCGACUUAUGAGUCUUCCACAGUGGAACCUCCAAAGUUGACUUCCAUUUCGCCAUCACAGAAAAUCAUCCUGUUUAGGUCAUCAUAAAACCAUUAUUAUUCCUAAGGCAAAGUUUUAUUACAAACACGUUCAGAUGCUAAAAGUGUUGAAAAAAAAAGAAGAAGCAUAUCCAAAUGAAACUAAAAGUAAGCAAACGACUCACCCUUUGAGGUAACAGGAAAGUGUCGCGUAUUAAGAGAGUAUAGCCAACUAAACAACAGGCGCCAUGACUGCUACCAAGGACGUGUGCGGCUGUGCACUUUCUGUCGUUUUGACGUUAGUUUUUCUGAUCAAAUAAACCAAAAUAUGUCUAUAUAUAAUUCUAACCACACUCCAGCGCACAAUUAAACAUGCUUUCCUUUCGUCAAAGUACAAUUUUGCGGCCGUAUUUGCCGCACUUACUGCGACAUUCCUGCAGUGUUUUGUGACCAGCAGGCACUCUAACACGCAUCCGACGGCGGAACAAAUACACAGAACGAUUAAAAAACAAACUUACUACCAUAAUUUUUCCCAAAAAUUCACUAUUGCACACAAAUUGUGACUUUUGUGUGAAGUAGGUCAACAAUGUAAUUUAAUCACUAUAUGUAUCACUUAUUUUGUAUUAUUAUAACUGAUAUUUCUUUCUGUAACAUGCUAAGUGAAUAAGUGUACUUUUGUACUUAUUUCCCCAUUUAACUGCACAAUAACUCAGAUAUGGUAACACUGGCAAGCAGUAGAGAAUAAGGAGAGAUUUUUGGUCCAGAACAUUUUGCUUUGUUCAUUAUUUACCGUAUUUUUCGGAGUAUAAGUCCAUCCAUCCAUCCAUCCAUCCAUCCAUCCAUCUUCUUCCGCUUAUCCGAGGUCGGGUCGCGGGGGCAGCAGCCUAAGCAGGGAAGCCCAGACUUCCCUCUCCCCAGCCACUUCGUCCAGCUCUUCCUGUGGGACCCCGAGGCGUUCCCAGGCCAGCCGGGAGACAUAGUCUUCCCAACGUGUCCUGGGUCUUCCCCGCGGCCUCCUACCGGUCGGACGUGCCCUAAACACCUCCCUAGGGAGGCGUUCGGGUGGCAUCCUGACCAGAUGC